AUGCCUCAGCGGGUCAUCCCGGGACAACCACCACCGUCACUUGCCUCGUUCGCGUAUUCCUCAAUGGCUAUUGCUCCCAUUACCGGCAAGCUUCGCAAGCGCCUCAUUCUCGAUAUUACGGCUGCACUUGGCCUAGGUACCGCAGCUGGCUACGGAUACUGGUACGGCAUCCACUUGCCCUCUGUUCGUCACCGCGAAGAGUUCUACCGCAAACUUGCCCUAAAGGCAAAGGAGGAGGCAUGA